UAUAAACGUGUUGGCCGUAGCGAAACUAGUAUAACUAAUCAUAAACAUUUAAUGAAACAAUAAUUAAGUACUUAAUCCUCCAUUAUACAGCUAAUGGUCGAAAACCCACAAACAGAACCCUUCAGCUAAGAAUCAAAGAAUUUCCAUCAUUGUAACACUUCGAGAAAGUGCUCUAGAGAGAGAGAGAGAGAGACAUCGUCACAGUGAAGAGAAGUAAAAUAGAAAGGUGGAAUUUGGAGGGGCCAAGGAAGGAUCUUUAGUCUGAAGUUAUCAUCAUAAUCAUAAUUAACAUUCCAAGAUCCAAUAAACUACUUACUCAACCUUCUUUCCUUCUUCCCUUUUCCUAGUCAUUAACCCUUAUCUUCCCCUACAUUUUGGGUAUGUUGGGGCAAGAUUUUACUGAAAUUAAAUACCCAAAUUAACCUUUAACAGCUAGUCAAGCAGCUGAUCUUAAGGAAAUUCAUAUGCAAAGAAGUUGAUUAUUAACUGAACUGUAUCGCCCACAUAUGUCUAGAUAUUUCGUUCAAUUUUCUGCAUUAUCUUCCAGAUAAAAAAUAAAAAAAAAAGGAACAAAAUGCGCUUCAAGAACAGAUCCAGGAACCCAACCACUUUACGUUGCAAUGCAGGACGCAGAUGCUCAUUUUCAGUUCUCUUAUGGAGCCUAGUCGGUUGCCUUCUUUUACUUAAUCUGUACUGCUUUAUUAGCCAAAAAGAUGCAAACCAUGGAGAGUCACACUUACGCAUGAACCAGCACUCAUACUUUCGUGAGCUUGAAGAGGUUGAGGAGGAAAAUAUACAGAUGCCACCACCAAGGAAGCGAUCCCCACGAGCUGUCAAACGAAAGCCUAAGGUGCCAACCACCUUGAUUGAAGAAUUUCUUGAUGAGUCUUCCCAGCUAAGGCAUGUUUUUUUCCCUGGUCAAAGAACUGCUAUAGAUCCUCGGAAGAUUUUUGAAAAUGAUACCUGUUAUUAUUACCCUGGAAGAAUGUGGUUGGAUACUGAGGGAAACCCUAUACAAGCUCAUGGGGGAGGCAUUCUAUACGAUCAGAGGACAAAAAUGUAUUAUUGGUAUGGAGAAUAUAAAGAUGGGCCAACAUAUCAUGCUCACAAAAAAGGAGCAGCACGAGUCGAUGUUAUAGGUGUUGGUUGCUAUUCAUCUAAAGAUUUGUGGACGUGGAAAAAUGAAGGCAUUGUUUUGGCAGCAGAAGAAAAUAAUGAGGCACAUGAUUUGUAUAAAUUAAAUGUGCUGGAGAGGCCAAAAGUAAUUUACAAUGAGAAGACAGGUAAAUAUGUAAUGUGGAUGCAUAUUGAUGAUACAAACUACACGAAAGCUUCGGUUGGCAUUGCCUCUAGCGAUUUCCCCACUGGUCCCUUCGAUUAUCUGUACAGUAAACGGCCCCACGGAUAUGAAAGCAGGGACAUGACACUCUUCAAAGAUGAGGAUGGUAUAGCAUAUCUUGUCUACUCCUCGGAGGACAACAGUGAGCUUCAUAUUGGUCCACUAAACGAAGAAUACAUAGACGUGACCCAAUCCAUGAGACGGGUUCUUGUUGGACAGCACAGGGAAGCCCCAGCUUUGUUCAAACAUGAAGGGACAUAUUACAUGAUCACUUCGGGCUGCACUGGUUGGGCUCCGAACGAGGCUUUGGCCCAUGCAGCUGAAUCAAUUAUGGGCCCAUGGGAGACCAUUGGAAAUCCAUGCAUCGGUGGGAACAAAGUUUUUAGAGAAACAACAUUCUUUGCUCAGAGCACAUUUGUGCUUCCUUUGCCUGAGCUACAUGGUUCCUUUAUUUUUAUGGCAGAUAGGUGGAAUCCAGCUGACUUGAGGGAUUCAAGGUAUGUGUGGUUACCUUUAAGAGUGGCAGGGCCAGUAGACCAGCCUCUUGAGUACAAUUUUGGUUUCCCCUUAUGGUCUAGAGUGUCUGUUUAUUGGCAUAAAAGAUGGAGACUUCCUUAUAGGGGGCAGGAAAUAAAGUGAGUUAGAGGAAUAGGGAAUCAUUUGUACAAUAUAUUUUGCAAUUUUUUGGUUUUCUAAUAAUUUACAGUAGUAUUUUUUUUUUA